CAUUGAGAAUUUGGUGGCCUUUGUAUAAAAACAAAGUGAUCAACAAUGAACAAGAGCCGGUUAUUUCCAAGCUUGUUUCCCUCGUGUUCUCCGCCGCUUCUUUCUUUCUUAUACCGUUUCUCUCGCUUUCUCGUCUCCCAAACAGCUUUCUUUUGGGAACUGAAAAGGAGUUUGGAUUACAAUUUCUUCAAAAAAUGUCAUCUGCUCUCAAGUUCGCGCAGCCCCUCCCUAUCAAGACUACCGUCCCCAGAUCUCGUAAUGAGAAUAACCCUCUAUUCGAUCCUCUUAGAAGUGCAUCGUCUUUCCUCGGAUCUACACGCAAACUUCCCUUGAUUUCCGUCAGAAAAUCGAAUCAGGCCAAUGUUGGCCUACGUCAAUCCGCCGUGGUUGCUGUAUCGGAAGCUGUCAAGGAGAAGAAGCCCAAAUCGAGUUCCAAUCUGUUGAUUACGAAAGAGGAAGGCCUGGUGCUUUAUGAAGAUAUGAUUUUGGGAAGAUCCUUUGAGGACAUGUGUGCACAGAUGUAUUACAAAGGGAAAAUGUUUGGUUUUGUUCACCUCUAUAAUGGUCAAGAGGCUGUUUCAACAGGGUUUAUCAAGCUUUUGAAGAAGGAAGAUUGUGUGGUGAGCACAUACCGUGAUCAUGUGCAUGCAUUGAGUAAGGGAGUCCCUCCUCGUGCUGUGAUGAGCGAGCUCUUUGGCAAAGCCACGGGGUGUUGCCGAGGCCAAGGUGGGUCCAUGCACAUGUUUUCGAAAGAGCACAAUCUGCUUGGUGGGUUUGCCUUCAUUGGUGAAGGAAUUCCAGUGGCAACUGGUGCAGCCUUUACCUCUAAAUAUAGGAGGGAGGUAUUGAAGGAGUCUGAUUGCGAUCACGUGACAUUGGCUUUCUUUGGAGAUGGUACCUGUAACAAUGGGCAGUUCUUUGAGUGUUUGAACAUGGCAGCGCUGUGGAAAUUGCCAAUUGUCUUUGUUGUAGAGAACAAUUUGUGGGCAAUUGGGAUGUCACACGAGAGAGCAACCUCAGAUCCCCAGAUUUAUAAGAAGGGACCCGUAUUUGGCAUGCCUGGUGUUCAUGUUGACGGAAUGGAUGUUUUGAGAGUGAGGGAGGUUGCCAGUGAAGCAAUUACAAGGGCUAGGAGAGGAGAAGGGCCGACUUUGGUGGAAUGUGAGACAUAUAGAUUUAGGGGACACUCACUGGCUGAUCCUGAUGAGCUUCGGAACCCUGCGGAGAAGGCUCAUUAUGCUGCUAGAGAUCCCAUCACGGCUUUGAAGAAAUACAUUAUUGAGAAUAGUUUGGCCAGUGAAGCAGAGUUAAAGGCCAUUGAGAAGAAGAUAGAUGAGUAUGUUGAGGAGGCCGUAGAGUUUGCGGAUGCAAGCCCUGUUCCACAUCGCAGCCAACUUCUUGAGAAUGUGUUCGCAGAUCCUAAAGGUUUUGGAAUUGGACCUGAUGGGCGCUACAGAUGUGAGGAUCCCAAAUUCACAGAAGGCACGGCUCAUGUCUAACUUCCCGGAGUUGGACAUUCGUCGAACCUACUUUUGCCGAGCCUUUAGUUCUCUGUCAUAUGGUCAUAUAUUAUAUUUUGUUCUUACUAGCUAAUUACUCGUCGUUCUAUUUAAAUGUUGGCUUUUGUAAGCAGGGUAUGCUGAUUAGGUUUGGUUUUAUUUGCUAUCUUGUUUGUUAUAUUAGUGUUUUGAAUGGGAAACCCCAAAGGACUGGUACUUACAUUCUUCCCCUUGCAUGAAUUAUGCUCAAUAUUCUGAAAUAUUAGUAGUGUUGUUGUGUAA